AUGGGUCAACGCCAUCAGCUGUUCGUCAUUGCAAGCAUAAAUGCCCGUUACCGCACCCUAUGUGCCAUCCAUCACCAAUGGCUCUAUGGGCACACCGCGUUGAGACGAUGCCUUGGAACUCUCCAAAUUUUCGCGGAUCCGGCAAAUCGGAUCCCACUUGAACAGGAACUCAUCGCCGCUCAACGUCAAGAUGACGACUUCUGGACCCCUCCAGAGGACGGAUUUCACGAGAAGAACGUUCACGUCCCAUUCCCAUUCAUUGCCACUUGCCUUAUCACUGGUGCAUCAUUUGGUCCAGAUGACGGCUAUUACCAUCCUGUACUCGUUGAGAAUUUCUAUAUGGCAUACGACGAAGGCGACAACAACAAUGGGAUUACUGUCUUCGAUAUCACUGAACCAAGCAAUGUUCGCUACUGCUUCGUUGACUUCUAUGGCAUGGAAAGUGAGCGAUCGGUCCAACUCAUGGCGCCACUUACCGCUCGUAUCUACCUUGAGGCAUACUAUGAUCUCAGCGACCCACAAAGUGCAGAGGAUCUCCCUCCAUUGCUCGACGAAUUCAAUCGGUGGCAUACUAUUCCAGUGGCUACACUUCAGGAUACGUGGCCCGAGGGAGAAUGGGAAGAGCCGGAAUUCGGCCAGGGAGGCGGAGAUGAGGUGGCUGUUCCAGAGCUUGAGAAGCCUGGCACCGCGAAGACCCUACGUGAUGGAGCUAUGGCCACUGUGCUUAAAGCACUUCUGGAUGCACCAGACGAAGACGCUGGCUUGUUAUCAGAGGCAGAGCUUCUGACAGACUUUCUGCCGAGGUUAAAAGACAGGCUUUAUGAGCAAGCGAAUGCUCUGGAACCGUCUCCUCAUCUACUGAAUCUUCUGUGCAGAGCCUUGGAAGACCAUGACGAUGUAGAUCUAAGCCCUUUCAAAGCUUUCUCUGCGGAGGAUCUGUCGCUCGUGGUCUCGAGACUCCGAAAGCAUGGCAAGAUGAUUACCUUGUGCAUGUCAAACAGGCCCGAUCUCACAGAAGAAGAUUUGAAAUUGGUACUUCAUGAUGCUGCAGAUCUCAAGGCGCUUUACAUAUUGGAGGCCCCUCAAAUUUCUGUGCAAGGCAUGAGCAUGUUUCUAAGCGACUGCGAUUUAUACCACUCGGACCUUCUGCGACAAGCAAUCAAGCCUCAACCCUUGAGAUCAGAUACAGGCAUUGAUUGGGAUUCCGACGACGUUCUAUCGACUGGCCAAGCCUGCAGAGGCAACGAUGUUUCACAGCUAGUUUGGGUGGGAAUCACAGAACGCCAGUCGGAAGGUGCUUCCUUGCAGGCUUUUGCAGCUAGUUUAUAUAUAGUAUAG